AUGAUUGCGGAACACAAGUCCACCCUACUCGAGCUGGCCCAGGAGGUCCAGCAGCUGACUACAAAGAUCGUCACUGAUUUGACCGAGAAGAAGGUGCCAGAGCCUUCAUUCGCCAUCGAUUCUGACACAAUCCCCGAGACUCCGGAGCAGAUCAAGUUGCGCGAUCGCCUCAAUGAUGCCGCUCGUGACCUGCUACGUCUCGUCAACGGCCCCAGGAACGACGCGCGAACAUUCGUGUGCUACCUGUACGAUCUAGCUGCCUGGCAAGUAGCCUGCGAGUUCAACUUUUUUGAGGCUAUUCCAGAUGAUGGAUCAGCUACCACCAAGGAAAUUGCCGAGAAAGCCGGUAUGGACGAAGACCGCGUCGGUCGUUUUCUUCGUAUGCUAUCCUCCGAUCGUGUCUUUGAAGAAUCUGAGCCGGAUGUGUUCAAGCACACAUCACGGAGCGUACUUUACUUGAAGGACAAGCAAUGGCGCGAUGUCAUGGCAUACCAACUGGAUGAGUUCUUCAGGGCAGCUUCGGAGACCGCAGAGAGCAUCAAAGAGUCACCAACAGUGACAGAUGGCAAGAGGAAUGCCUUUGUGACACGACACGGUACCGUUCUCUUCGAUUACUAUAAGCAAGAUCCCAAGCGAGCAGCUCGCUUUGCCAGUGCAAUGGCCGGGGUAUCAAGGCUUGAAAGGCAUUUUGACAACCUUAAAGAGAGCUUUCCAUGGGAUAAGAUUAGUGGACGAAAGGUCAUUGACGUUGGAGGUGGGAGUGGCCACAUGAGCGUCAAUCUUGCCCGGACCUUUCCCAAUCUGGAGCUCAUUGUCCAGGACUCAUUGACCAUGUUGUCAUCUGCAUCGCAAAACGACUUUUCGGAUCUCAAUGGCCGUGUCACGUUCAUGCCCCACGACUUUUUCACGAAGCAACCUGUCUCGGGUGCAGCGGCAUAUCUCCUACGCUACAUCACUCACAACUGGAGUGACGAAGACUGCAUUCGCAUCUUCAGGGCACUAGUUCCUGCUUUGGAGAAGAGCCCUGCUGGAACACCGAUUCUGAUAAACGAUGUGGUCAUGCCAGCCCUUGGUGAAGUCUCCCGGUACCAGGCCAACCGUAUGCAUCAGGUCGAUCUCAUGAUGAUGUUGAUGCUUGGAGCCAAACAACGCACGGAGGAACAAUUCCGUCGUCUUCUUUCAGAUGCCGACUCACGUCUCAAGAUCAAGGCCAUUCACGGCAAAGGUAACAUGAGUCUGAUUGAGGCGUAUCUCGAUACUGAGGGCACUCCCGCAGCGCAAGAAUCGGCUGAUGUCGAAAGCGCGGUUAGUGGGGAUGUCGCCGAACAGCUGCUGGGAGAUCCCACUCUGGCAGGUAGCAAGCGCACUGCGUCUCGCAUGUAA